AUGGGUAUGAGGUUGAAAUCGGUGAGACUCGAAAUGAAGGUCCACAAGAGGGUAGCGACCCUGUUCUGCAUUAGAGUGGCAGGCCGCAGUGAGAACACAGAACGUUCGGGGGUUGCCAAUAAAACAAUAUCGUGGUUACUUAUCGGAAAUGUCUUUUUAACCAUUCGCUGCGAUUUGACAAAAGCAAGAGAAAGAAGUGCGACUGAGAACGAACAAGAAGAAGUACGCCUGAAGAUAUGCAGUGAAGUCGGCGAGAGUAAUGACCGUGAAGAGCUGUCGUCGCAUCGCCAGAAUUUAGAGAACAAAGGUCUCCCUUUAUUGUUCCUUUCUUCAUCUUCAGUAUCAAUCAAUCUAUUCUUAUUCAGAAUCUACGCAUGGAAGAAGGUGGCAACAAUUCAAUAUGUACGGCUGACAAAAACACAUUGUCCCAAUAGGGCUAUCGAACAAAUCGCUAGACAGGAAGCCUUGUUCCAUUCUCAAGCGGCGACGAAAACGACGCGUCAGUUGGUUAGACUAGGAGCAGUGUAUUCGAACUGCCAGCGAGUUUACGUCUCUGUUUCGACUCCAGAGGCAAAGACGCCUUCAAUUCACAAAUAUUUUCACGAUGAGGAUUCGCGUCACUGCUGCUUUAUCACGAAGCUGCGUGUACCGUACCUGAAUUUGGUGCUGAAUGGCCAUGGGAAGCCCACCGUCAUAGGCCUUGCGAUCCAGCGUGGGAGGCGCAGAGGAGCAGGACAUGAUGAUGAUAGCGAUGAACUAGUCCAAAGUUUGAACGUCAAGCACCUAGUCGGUAUGGCGCCACGACAUAUCAUAUUUCCAAAUUCAUUCUCGGAUGAUGUGAAGCCUCAUCCUCUCUUCAUACCUCCGGAUGAGAAUGCGUUUGGAAAAAUAACUCAUGGAAUUAAUAUUGAGAACGUCCUCCGGAUCGAAUCACCCGACACACAACUUAGUCAAUCAAUCCAAUCAAGCGAAGAUACCUUGGAGCUGUCGAAGUUAGACCGUCAAGGUGCCAAUAUCAAGGACGAGUUAAUCGGAGAUGAAGGCAACAAGCUGCAACGAUCGACGUCGACCUCCUUUGGCAAACACUCACUAGGGCCUGAGAGUCCCAUUCCGAUAGGGACUCAAGUUAGCAAAGCUGUAAACCCAGAUGAGGAUAUUUUCAAGUGGUUCAACAAUCGCGAACGCCGAUUUCACGAUUACGACAAAUGUGGCAUGGUAAUAGAAUACUCAAACCUGAGACUGAGGUCACACCAAGCUUAUGCAAGGCUGUGGAUGGCGGAUCGGGAAAGUAAUGGCCGAAACGGUGGAAUCGUGGCAGAUGAAAUGGGUCUCGGAAAGACCAUACAGACUCUUGUCCGAAUCUAUGAUGAUAAAUUAAGAGCGCUUGCCGCAGGUGAAAAGCUAAGCCCGACCCUUAUCGUUGGGCCGAAAUCUAUCCUUAUUCAGUGGGAUGAGGAAAUCCAACGCUUCUUUCUACCUGAUAAGAAACCCAGUUGCAUCAUCUAUCAUGGUCCCAAUCGGGAUGUCAAGUAUACUCUGACAAUCUUGAAGGAAACAGACAUAGUACUCACCACGUAUGGGACCCUGAGUAAUGACUACCAACAUAUCGAAGAUGAGGCACAUGAGAUCCGAAAUGUUAGUACGAAGAAAGCUCAGGCUGCCUUUGCUGUGAAUGCGGAGCACAGAUGGUGCUUGACCGGAACACCGGUGCAAAACAGAAUAUCUGAUCUCUUUUCCUUGUUCCAUUUCCUUCGCGUUAAGAAUUUCUCCAAUGCCCAAUGGUUCAGGAGCAAUAUAGAGUACCCAGUCACGAAAAAUGAUAAGAAGGACGUAGCACAAGCUAACAGACUUCUGAAGCUUGCACUCAGUCACAUCAUGUUACGACGACUUAAGACCGACUACGUCAACGGUCUUCCCAUCCUCGUACUUCCAGAGCUCAAGAUCCAAGUUCGGCACUGCGAUCUUUCAACACCGGAACGAGAAUUUUAUGACGCUCUGAAAGCACGAAUGCAAGAUGUUCUAGGAGAAGUAUCCAAACGUUCGGAACGGGGCAACUUGCGCCUUCACAGCACUGCUUGGGUUCUUGUUCUACGUCUACAGCAAGCUUGUGCACAUCCCGCUCUAUUAGCAGAUCAAAUGAAAGUGAAGUAUGAAGAUGGUUCGGAGAAUGACAACAAAUGCCCUUUGUGCAGUGUACGGCUUGGUGGUUCAAUCGGGAAUGAGUCUGCUUCACAUAGGGAGGCCUGUGUGCGCUUCAUCGAAACAGCGAAACGGUUUGGGAAAAACGAACCUUCGAGCAAGAUCACAACCGCGCUUAAUAUCUUGCGUGAAAUCAAAGCUCGACCUGGAAAUGAGAAGACGAUCAUCUUUUCUCCGUUCACCUCGGUGCUCAAUCUCAUCGAGCCUUUCCUGAAAAAACAGGAUAUACGUUUCUCCCGACUGGAUGGAAUGAUGGACAUGAAAAAGCGCAACAAGAAACUGAAUGCCCUUCAAACCGACCCCGAUGUUACUGUCGUAUUGAUUUCAUUGAUGGCGGGAGGGACUGGACUCAAUAUUACAACUUGCAACAACAUUGUUCUAUUUGAUCUAUGGUGGAACCCUGCUGUUGAGGAGCAGGCAUUUGCUCGUGCGCAUCGCAUAGGACAAAGCAAGACUGUCAAUGUUUACAAGCUUAUCACACAAGACACUGUGGAAAUGCGGAUCAUGGAACUCCAGGACAAGAAAAGGAAGCUUGCCCUCAACGCAUUGGUUUGGGACGACCAUGAGAACAUCAAAGAACUCUCGAAUGACGAGAUCUCUCAAUUGUUGGGUUGA